AUGGCGGUUCGUUCCGCCGCCGCCGUCCGCCUCGCCCGUCUCCCGCUGUCACAGCGGGAGAUUGUGGGCCCACUCCUUCGACCGCCGCCGUCAUUCUUGCGCCCGAGUGCAUCGACUGCGCCGUCGCAGUCAGUGUCUCUCCAGACAUCGCAGCAGCUGUCAUCUGGCGUUGCUGCGCCCCCUCAUCGGCUGUCGCCGGUUCCCCUUGCGCCGUUGGACCCGCUCCCGUCUCCGCCGUGCUCCUCCCCUCCGCCUCCUCCUCUGGCGCAUCCUCCCCUGCCGUCGUCGGCCGGGGCACCCCUCGUGCCCCCCCCUCCUUCUCCACCAGGUCCCCGUGCAUCUCUUCCCCCCGUGGAGCCUCCGCAGGGGCAGCAUCCUCUCGUUCCAUCUGGGCCCGCUCCCGAAGCUCGUUUUCCUCCUCGCUCCCGAUCUCCUGAGCUUCCUCCCGACGCUCCUGACCCCGAGGACGACGGGUGUUGGUGGAAUGGUGUUGUUCGCGAGGCGGCGGCGCAGGGUCUUUGGCGCCUCCUUCAUUUUCCCCUGGAGUCCAAGUUCCCCGAUCAGAACAAGGGCCCUGGCGCACGGGCUUUCCGGCAGGUCGCCAAGGCUGCCGAGGAGUCUCCCCUCCAGCUCGUGCCCUUGCUCGCAGUUCUCUUGCGCUGGAUCUGCCGGCGGUUUUACAUGCUGAACCGCGUGUAG